AUGAAAUUUGCUGAUGAUGUCGCACACAAGAGGCACAAGAAGAACCCGUUCGAUCAGAAGUACCUUUCGCUAGCCUUAGCACCAUUUGACAUUGUAGAUAACAAGGGAAAAAGGAAAAAUGUCGUUACUAAGGCUGACGUGGAGGAGGCGUCAACCAACGUUCAUGUCCGAGCGGAGCUUAUUCGAACAAUGCGAGACGUGUUGUCUAAGAAGACCACUGAGGCCGUUCGAGAGCUCAAGACCACAGCUAGGGAGCCUGGUUCAAAGCCUACAAAAUCAAGUCAGCCCGAAACCUUCAUUGAGACCGCAACGCAGCGAAGGAACAAUCAGGGAGUGCUGGAAUUAAACCUGGACGAUGCGGUGGCCAAUGCAAUCAGUAAAAUAUCUGGAAACAAGUCCCUUUUCCUCAAGCGGGACGAGUUGUGUUACAACCUAACCUCUUCCACCGCUGGGAACUUGGAAUCCACAAUCUCAAGGUGCACGGGGAAGCCUUGCCCUAUGCUGCUCCUAAUGGAGAAGACAAGGAUUUUGAUGAUAUUUGUGACUAUGAUGACUUUGACCUGGUGGAUAAGCUUGUUGAGGAACAUGAAGCGAAGAAGGCUGCUCGCGCAGCAGAAAAUGCUAACUCGCCAGAGGAGGCCAUGGCUGCAAGGACCCCACAAGCGGUUCCUGUCCAAGCUGAUGCACAGCAUCUGUCCACGCUCUCUCAACCUACUUCAGCAGGGACCCAGUAUCCUUCUCCUUGAUCGGCUUGUGGUUUCAAAGUUUCGAGAGGCAGAUUCCAGCAGCACUACCCGACAAAACAGGCAAAUUCGUGAUGCGGAGAGGCUUCUUAUGCCACCACAGCAGUGUGAGGAACCAAUUCCCUCAGAUCCGUGGGAUGAUACCGAUAUGGACCGAGACAUGUUCAGGCUUUCCCUGUACAGAUCAAGAUUCGACAUUGUUUCGUAUCGUGAGAAGCUGUUCACCGACCCUUCCACGUGUUCCAUGGGUUCAUCAGCUGUGGAGACUUCCUCUUGUGGUAAUGCCCGAGGGAAGCGCCCCAGGCUGCAAGACCUGAUCGAGCAAGUGAUGAGUCGGGAUGCUUAUCCGGAGCAUUUAUCUGACCCGUCAAGCAUCUCUGCACUUUCACAUAAGCUUGAAAAGGACAUUGCUGUGGCUGUCAAGUCUGGGGAGAGAGCAUUUCGAAGAGAUCAUCUAACAAACAUGCUUGGACAAACUUCUGCAAAAGGAACAAUGACAGCGCAGAGGUACUUGAUGGUGCUGUUGAGCCUCGCACACCACCACAACAUGCUGCCUCCAGAACGAAGGGAGCCAACGAUAAGUGAUACUGAUUUUGUGCUGCGCUGUGCUUCUGGAGCUGGCCCCUCCUGUGUGGAGUUGAGCCUGUCAGCCAUCACAUCUAAGGACGAAUGA